AAACGCAGAGGCAGCUACAUUCCGACACACACUGGCCAUUUCUUCUUUUUGUUCGCUGUCCGGUGCACAGAGGGCCGUGAUGCGGUGGCCCGGUGACACCGCUGGCCUGCUGCCUUACAUGGGCAAACCUCUGCACUGACUGAGGCGGCUGGAAUUUCAGGGCGUGACGUCACUGCCUACAACUCUCCCAGAAUUUGGAUCCAGAAGUUUCACUUUUUGGUGUGAUUUGAGCCUCUGUUAUAUUUCCUAGAAAGCGAGAUUUCAACAUACAGUAAAAGACAUUGCUUCAGCUGUAUUCCAGAAAUCCCACAGGUCGAGAGAGGAGACAAGGUUUCUGAUCUCAAAGUUCACAUCAUCAUUUGGCCUGAAAAUUUGGAACCAUGUGGAACCCAGUGAACAGUAACAACCAGACAGGACAAGUGACUGCCAGAAUGGAGACUACUCCAUCUUUGGGCAGUACAAGCAUCUCCAUCUCCCAGCAGCAGGCACCUAAGAAGUUUGCCCCUGUGGUUGCACCCAAGCCCAAGUUCAACCCUUACAAACAGAUGGGAGAAACAAGCCCCACUGACCCUGCAGUGGACUACCCUCCCCCUCCACCACCUGCUGAAGAGUCGACUGGUUUCCCAUCAUCCCCCGGUUCCUUCCCUCCGCCACCGAUGAACUCAUACGAUUAUCAGAUGAAAGGACCAGCAAAGACGCUGGAGGAGAGACGCUCCAGUCUGGAUGCUGAGAUUGACUCCCUCACCAGCAUCCUGGAAGACCUGGAGAGCAGCUCGCCCUAUAAGCCACGGAGCACACAAAACUCUGGAUCCUCAGUAGCCACCACUCCCAGUGCUCCAGUAACUGGUUACAAACGAAUGGUCAUUCCAACUCAGCCACCUCUGACUGCCACCAAAAAGUCAAUACCCAAACCUCAAGCCCCUGGGGGAGUCUCUGCUGUCCCACCUUCCUCUGUCAGCCCAGUGGCCAAGCCUCAAAGCCACAUGGCUCCUCAGCCUGUCCCAGCCUCCUAUGCUACAGCUUCAACCCCAAGUCAGCCCACCUUCAAUGUCCAGGUGAGGUCUGCCCAGCCCGGGCCCCAGCAUCCACCCCCAGGUAGCCUCCAUUUUGGCCAGCAGCCAUCACGUAGCCCUACACAGGUGCAGUACAUGCCUGCUCAGCCCAAAGGUCCUGACUUUGCCUAUGGACCGCCACAGCCUGGCUUCUCCCCGAUGACCCAGGGUGCAUAUCAAGAGCAGCCCCAUUCAGGAGUACACCAAGUAGGUAGCCUCAGCUCCAGGAGACCUGACCCUGCACCCACCCAAGCAUACCAGCCUCCAGGCCCCAAGAAGACCUACAUCACAGAUGUACCACCAAGCUUGGCUCCCUAUGCUGGACCAGCUGUUCCACCAAAGGGUGGGGCUCCCAUGGCACACCCUGAAGAUGAGCUGGAGCGCCUGACCAAGAAGAUGCUGUUUGACAUGGACCACCCUCCAUCUCAGGAAUAUUUUGGACGCUGUGCCAACUGUGGAGAGAACGUAGUGGGUGAAGGCACCGGCUGCACUGCCAUGGACCAGGUCUUCCAUGUUGACUGCUUUAUCUGCAUGACCUGCGGCACCAAGCUGCGUGGCAAGCCCUUCUAUGCUGUAGAAAAGAAGGCCUACUGCGAGCCUUGCUACAUUAACACCCUGGAGACCUGCACCAUCUGCAGUAAGCCCAUCAUGGAGCGCAUCCUGCGAGCCACAGGGAAAGCCUACCACCCUCACUGCUUCACUUGCGUGGUGUGCCACCGCAGUCUGGACGGCAUCCCUUUCACUGUGGAUGCUUCCAACCACAUCCACUGCAUCGAGGACUUUCACAAGAAGUUCGCUCCGCGCUGCUGUGUGUGCUCUGAGCCUAUAAUGCCAGCACCGGGCCAGGAGGAGACCGUCCGUAUUGUGGCCCUGGACCGUGACUUCCAUGUGCAGUGUUACCGCUGUGAGGACUGUGGCUGUCUGCUCUCAGAGGGUGAUAACCAGGGCUGCUACCCUCUGGACGGACACGUCCUCUGCAAGAACUGUAACAGCAACCGCAUCCAGGCCCUCACUGCCAAGGCCACCACUGACCUCUGAACAGCUUGCUGCCUGGUCACCUCCACUGUGAUAACCCAACACUCGCUCACUCUGUGUCUCUCCCUCUCUCUUCUUUCUCAUGCAAACAUAGUGUACCCAUCCAUACACAGAAGCUUGCAUUCCUCAGCAUAUAUACAUGUAUAUCCCAAUAUAUAACGUACUGUAUAUAAUAAGAAAUAGCAUCACAUGUUCACCUGCACACAUGCAUCUAUUGACUCAGUACAAUUACAGCAGAAGAGGCUGUGUGUUAUUAGCUAUGCAGUUGUUAAAGGAGUAGUUCGACAGUUUGGGAGAUAUACUUUAAGUCUGUCUUGCCAUGAGUGAGAUGCGAAGAUUGCUGCCACAUGUACGCUAAACACAGUGAUACGGCCGACAGUUGGUUAGCUUAUCUUAGCAUAAACUUUGAAAUGGUGAAACAUGUAGCCUGGCUCUGUCCAAAGAAAUUGGAGUGUAAAAAUCCACAAGUCAGCUAUAUAUAUAUGUGUAUGGGUAAUACGCUAUUCUUGCCAUAAAAAUUGUGCAUUUUCUACAGAUUAGACUAAUGAGAUAUAAGUGUCAGUUAGUAGCUGUGUCACUACCUGUGUCCCUCCUAGUUUCCAGUCUGUAUACUAACCCAAGAUAACUGGCUGCUGUCCAGAUGUAAGUGGUACUAUAUCGGUCUUUCCAUCAGUAUUUCCCAAAAUGUCAAACUGUUGCUUAAAAUCAGUCCAAGUCCCUCAGUUAACAGUUACAACAUGCAACAUCACUCAGUGUUAUUGUCUCAUAUCAUACUUAUCUUUACCUUGCUUGUUUCAGCCAGGAUGUGCAUCCAUGCGUGUAUGUUUCCAUGCAAGCCCUCAUUUUCCUCACUGACUGGUUCUUCUGAUCUAAAAUGGAGAUAGACUGCACCACGCAUGAGGAAAACCAUGAGCAAUGCAAUAUGUAUGUUUAGAACAUUCAUUUUGUUCUUCAGUCUUUAUUACUCUGCAAAUCCACAGUCGGUACACAAAUAGGGAUAAAAUUACACUGAGGCUCAUUACUGCAGAACACCAAAGAACUGAAUUUAAACUGCCAUGUAUCCUGUGUACUUAUUUUGUAUGCAGCUACAUUAAACAUUACCUACAAGUGUAUUUGCUGGGACCACAGGAAUCUCAAACAGUAAAUCUCAGUGUCAGGAACAGAAUUGCCGACAGGCAACUGCUGAAUGCAAUUUCUCUUUUAACACGAUCUUUUCUUUGUACUUUCCAAAAGAGUUUCGCUUUGAUAUACACAAUAGAUUAUUUUCUUUUAGCCUGAGACAUACAAUCAUGACAUUCCACUCAUACAAAUGAGUCUUUGAGCUGAUAACUCAGUUACACUGCCGUGGAUUAGAUCAGUGAUUGUACAGUAAACAAAAAUAUGACAUAGCUAUGCAAUUCUUAAUGUUAAUUGCAUCGACACUUUAUAAGAAAUUUUAUGAAAAAGGAAAUAUUUUACCUGUACAGAUUCAAACGUAAGUGUCCUUAUAGUAAUCCUUUAAUCAAAACUCUGCUGUUGGCACUGUGUGACUGUGUGUGUCACUGUGCUGUAUGUCAGUACUGAUUGUACCAGCGACCCUCAUCUUUUACUGUUUGUUGAAACCGCUGAACAAAAAGCGGACCAUAACUGUUCCAACAAUGACGACAGUUUUGUUAUUUGUUCCAGCCCAGAGUCACUGACCAGUCAUCUGACUGCUUUAUUAUAGUUCAGUGUAAUUAGCAGUGCUAGUAGUAAGACGUGAUGAUGAGUUAAAGGUACCCUGUGGAGUGUUUGACCUCUAGUAGCGUUACAGCGUUUGUGAAAAGGUCCCCAUUUUGUUUGGACCUGCAUGGACUCGUACUCAAGAGUGUGGCACAGCCCAUCUCUCCCCCACUCCCAGGAGUGUCGUUGCUCACCCCUGGUGUCUCCCCUGCCAGAUUCAAGGCCGGUUCAUGUUUUCUGUGUCGAAAUGUGCAUGCAAGUUGUCUGUGUACAGCACUUCCACACUGAAAGUAAACAGAGCCUUAAUAUAGUUACAAUAAAACUCCACAUGAUACCUUUAAAGAAUAAACAAAUACUAAUUUGCAAGUUUAUUAGUUGGAUUAGUUUACAGUCAACCACAUGUUGAAAGACAGAGGACCUCCAAGGCCCCGAUUACAAAUGUUUUGUUUGUUGUUUUCAGAGAGUUCCCUUGUACCCGCUACCUGUCUUUACUGUUUCCAUCACACAUUAAGAGGUGGGGUUAAGUGCUGUUUGGAUGUCAGAAAGUAAUUAUACAAACCUCUGGUUACAGCAGGGUCAUCGGAUCAAGUUGACCGUGGCAGUGAUUGAACCAGGGUAACACAUUGUAAAUAACUGUGCUAAUAAGCCCAAUAAUAAAUUAACCAUAAAUAGGAAUUUCACUUUAAUCAGACCCUUUGCUAGGACACAUUUACUAAAUAAGAAUAAAGAAAAAGGAGUAUUUAAUAUUCCCUAAAACCCAGUAAAACUCAGCACAUAUGCCAGUGUUUGAGCUGAAGGUGAGAAAGUGACACACUGGUUGGAUAGUUAGCAGAUAUAUGUACAGACAGCACCAGUCUGAUGCCUCAAGCAGGAAGCAAGUGAAGCCUGGUCUUCUAGAAGGUUAGGCAACCUAAACUCCAUGUCCUCAGGAUUUUUUCCAUCAAUAUUUGGAGCAUAUAUUUAGACCAACAGUUCAUCGGUCACAUAUGAAAAGACAUAGCAAGACAAGGAAUCAUAUCAGACGAAUGCGCUACUUGAGAAAGAGCGUCACAAAACUCAAGCUACUUUUAAACUCUGUUCAUAGCAUCUUUUAUAAUUUUAUUAGCAGUCUAGGUCUGUGCUUCUCUUUUUUUACAGAAAGCAUUUAUUCUUCUACCCUGGAAGAAGAAACAGAGACCUUAUUGCACCAGCUACAUUAGGUCCAUGCACCAAUGAGUUUGACACCUGACUCAGUGAGUCAUCUGAUUACCUCAGGUUGUUAGGCAAUUGAGGGCAAAAAUAUAUCAUGAGAUAUCAUCAUGUCACAUGUUGCUAGGUUUCAGCUCACAGAGAUGUUGUUUCGGAAUUGGCUAUGUUAAAGUUAAAGGUCAACACUGGGCCUUCUCACUUGCUUGAAUAAUAAGACCGUGGAGCACAAAGUUUAACUAGAAUUUUACACUGGGUGAUGACAAUACCAAGAGUUCAAAGUGACAAAAGAACCAGAGAUUUAAAAUAAUUAGGCUUUGACUGAAUUUAAAAACCAUAUCAGAACUACUGUAGUAAAGUGAUGCUUAUUUGCAAUUUGAAUUAAUGUAUUUUUCAUAGGUGAUUGACUAGCUUACUAGCUCUUAUGUUAGCAAGUAAACUGAAGCCAUUCUUUACAUCUCCUUCCAGAAAAACAUAUUUCAAUACUGUAGCAAUAAUUAAUACCAACAUUUGCUAUGCUUUAAGGCAUCAUUCUAGGGUUGUGUAUUAGUGACGGUGUGAGGAAACAUUCAGACUUCAUAAAAAAUGUACAGUAAAAUUUGUUUUCUGAGAUGAACAGUGGCCUCUGACUGUUGACUGCUGUCAAUCAGGUCUGAGCUAGUUGUUGACAUUCAUUUAUACAGUAUGUGCAUAAUAUGUAAUACAGCCAUAGAUUAGAAAUGCUGUUUUCAGCACAUAUUGGUGAGACAUAGACCAGAAGGAGCUGUGAUGUGUCAGUUCAGUAAAGGGAAUUUAAUGCAUUUCACGAAAAACAGCAGCACUGUGCUACAACUUUUAACAUUUUUAAAUCAUUAUAUAGAAUGUGAGGUUAUGUAAAGCUGCACUAAUCAACAUUUUUUAUAAUAGCAGUGUAUUAAAGUGUAAUGUGAAUGGGAUCCUGACUAGUGAUGGUCCCACAAAGAAUUAUCCUUAGACUUUGCAGUACCACUCAGCUCAAUGCCUUUGCUUUAGCCUCCUCCAGCUUAUUGUUUUGAUCCAUUGUCACCAAUGUAAUUAUUGUCUUUUCACUUAGAAAAACUAGCUAUUUUGGUGAAUUCUGAUAAAUCCACUGAAUACUAUGCACUUAGCGCCAAAUAGCAGGCAAACAAGGCUACUAGCUAACUAGCUUGUUAGCGUAGCAAAACACUUAGCAGGGAAACAACCGGAAGUUUUCUAGGUGGAGUUUUAAAAGAUGAAAACAGGAAAAAGAAGAAGAAUGAAAGUUUGACUUAAGCUCACAAGGUGGCCAGAAACAUGACAUAUGUAAAUGAGCAAAUGUUUGCUAAUACACACCCACACAUGUCAUUGUACUGCCACUAAUUGGCCUAAAAGAUAAAACAUUUAAUGCAGUUAGAUCAGAAGGUAGCAGGUCUUGUAAAAUGGUCAGGAAACAGUAAAAGCAUUCUGCUAAUACUGAUGAAUGUUUUUUGCUGCUUUUAAAGAUGUUAAAAUAAGUCUUUCAGUAUUUUGUGAUUGGCUUAUUAGCACACUUUCUACAAGAUGUACCCCGGUCUGGUCCAUGAGCACAGAGGUUAAUCUCUGAUGAAGGUUGUCGAUGAUAAAAGCUGUAUUUAAGUCUCAUGUUUCCCGUUUUGGUGGAGAGUCUGUGACACACAUCUCUAUGGGAGCAUGUCUGACAUGAACCUUCUCAAAAAGCUUGAUGGUACAAUUUUAAACAAAAGACCAUUUAAUUUCUUGUUUGUGUUGUCUACUGUGUUCUACCCAUGUUUGUAAAAGUGCCUUUGGCUGAGCAGUAUUGAAUCACUCUGCUGUUGCUGUGUGUUUCAUAUUUUGCUGUGCCGUGCUCAAAGAUUCUGCCCUGUUUACUUGUCUUUACAAAAGUAAAUAAAGAGGAUCCCUAUUUUGGGGCCAAGUCUGAAUCCACACAGUAAAUGUUUCCAUCAUGUAGAGUGCUUAAUUAAGGCUGCAGCAGCAGAGUGUGUAAUGGUGUUGUGUGUGAAACUCACCUUAAAGAUCGUGACCGCACGUCUUCAAGCAUCUCAUAUGUUUUUGAUCUUUGGAAGGGGACAUGUAGUCAACUGUUGUUUUUUCUUCUUCAAUAAAGGCUUUUGCAACAGCGUCA